AUCUCUCAAGCAUUUUUGGACAAGGUGGUAGGGAAAUAUUUGGUGCAGACGGUGGGAAGGGAGCCAUUGGAGAAGCGAUAUGGAGUCUCUCAAACUCCGAAAUUUAUUGUGAGCAAGAUGAAUCAUUAUUCUUGGCCGAAGGGAGCGGGUGAGUUUGGUGAUCGCAAUUCUUCGUGCUGA